AUGGAACCUGACGACGAUUCUAUCAAUAUUCAAAUUUUCGUUCCUGAACUUCAAGUUCGUAAAUGUUUGACUGUAGGCCUUGGAGAUUUUAUAUGGGACGUAAAACGAAAAUUAUUGGCCACACUUCCACAGGCUCUUCCUCAAGCUUUCAACUAUGGCUUGUUCUUACCGCCAUGUGAUGGACGUGCCGGCAAAUUCUUACUAGAAGAUCGAUGUGUUAAGGAUUAUCCAUUUCAUGAUUGUGUACCAUAUUUAGAGUUGAAAUAUAAGAAACGUGUUUAUAAGAUGUUGAACUUAGAUGAGAAACAACUCAAGAAUCUCCAUACCAAGUCUAACUUGAAGAAGUUCAUGGAAUAUGUUCAAACGAAAAAUGCUGAAAAAGUUGAAAAGCUUUGUACACAAGGCUUAGAUGCUAACUUUCAUGAUGCACAAGGUGAAACACCGUUGACAUUGGCGGCUGGUGUAUCACAGAAUCGAGCUGUGCUUGUUGCUCUUGUAGGUGGCGGAGCUCAUAUUGACUUCCGGAAUUCAGAAGGACAGACAGCGAUGCAUAAAGCUGCUUUUCUAUCAUCGGCCGAUAAUGUGAAGACGUUACUCGAACUAGGAGCAUCACCCAACUACCGUGAUCCUAUUGGUCUAACACCAUUGUAUUACAAUAUGUUAACAACGGAUUCAAAUGAUACAGUUGCUGAAAUGCUCAUGAGAGAAGCGGCUGACAUCGGCGUGACGGAUAUGCAUGGAAAUCAUGAGAUCCAUCAGGCUUGCAAGAACGGUCUGAUCAAACACGUUGAACAUCUCCUCUAUUACGGAGCUAAUGUGGAUGUUGAAAACGUCAACGGAAACACACCUUUACACGUUUGUGCAGUAAACAAUAGACCUGAGUGCGCGCGUGUUUUGUUGUUCAGAGGAGGAAAUCAUCUGAUCGCCAAUAAACAAGGUCAAACAGCUCUACACGUGGCCCAUAUUGUGGGAAAUUCGGCUGUUGCUGAAGUAAUUGGAAAUCAUAACCCAACAGCCUCCGUUCCGUAUCGCGGCACUCCCCAAUAUUCCACUCGACGUAGACUGUCUUCUACCAUCUCACGUCGUCGCUCCCUCAGCCAGUCUUCCCUCUGUAGCAGUCAGGACGUUUACCGAACGCCACAGGGGCCUCGUCGGACACCACUGGUGAUUCCUCCUUCUCCAACACCAUCAAGAAGUAGUCGAACAACCGUGACGCCAUCUGAAUACGGCACCAUGAGACGUUAUGCUCCUGAAGUCUUAAAAGGAAUGGCUCCAGGUCAUGAGGCCAACACUCCGCGAAUCCUUGUGAUUCCUCGAGGACCAAAAGGAUUCGGCUUCAUACUUCGUGGAGCUAAAGAUGUAAAUACUGCCAUGGAGUUUGAGCCUUCACUCAUGACUCCCGCCCUUCAGUUUUUCGAAGGUGUGGAUAUGUCCGGGAUGGCGAUGAGAGCAGGCCUGCGGCCAGGAGACUAUCUGCUUGAAAUAGACGGUAUCGAUGUUCGAUGUGCCAGUCAUGAGCAAGUAGUUCAUCUCAUUCAACAAGCCGGAGACACUAUAACUUUAAAAGUAAUCACGAUAGACUCUGGAGGGUCGUCCAUGAAUGGCGAUACAAUUAGCCGUCGUCAUCAAUCAGUUGGACGAUCAGCAGCUCCUCCGCCGCCUCUCCGUCACCCUUCGACCAGUUUAUCACUGCGUGGAAGUCAAAGUUUAUAUGGAUUUCUAGGUGAUCAAGAAGAUUAUUACGCAGCUGGACAGAUGAGAGGAACUUAUGGUGAAGCGCGUUGUGCCUCAGUCAAACAUCGAUCAACCGUAGGGCGAAGGAUAUCCGCCGCCGAAUUAGAAAGUUUGAUGGUUCGACAAGCUGCCGGACAGCAAUAUCAGCCUUUACCUUAUGACCAAGAAUCAUUAUGUUCGCAGGGACCGAAAAAAUAUAAUUCUGUUUCGGAUAUGAAACGGAGGAAACAGCAGCGAUGUGCUCCAUCGCCUCAGUUGAGCGGACUACCCCGAACUAACUAUGAAUAUCAGGCUCCUCUCCAAGAAAAUAUUUAUGGAAGCUCUUUGAAAACAUAUACAUCUUCUCCUGAUAUAACGCAUAUGAACUCCUUUGAUUCAAUGGAUGAAGAUAGCCCAACCCCUCUGCCUACACAUGAUCUGCGAAGAGGUAGCGUCGAUGAUUCUGAGUACUCUCGACCGUUCCGUCCAGCAUCUCGCCCUAAAACACCCCCACCACCCCCUCCACUAGCUAAUCAUUCUUCUAAUAGAACUGCUGCUCCUCCACCUCCUCCUCCUCCACCACCUCAAAGUUUUCAUCCAAAUAACCGAUUAGGACAUUCAACAUCGUCACCUGCCAUACACCACUCGAUGGCUCCUACAACUUCAUCAGUCCCACCUCCACCUCCCCCUCCAUCAGGUGGAAUGGGUGCACCCCCACCUCCCCCUCCUCCUCCUCCACCUGACCUUAUGAAGACAUCAUCGAGUGCUCCUACGUUGCCUGCCUCUCCUAUGAAGAAUAUUCUGGCAUCUGCUCUCCAAAAUCAAGCAACGCAACUAAGAAAAGUUACUAAUACGGAUAAAAAGCGAGAAAGAGGCGGACAACCAGACUUUCAAACGGAUCUUCGAAAUGCUUUAGCAAAACGAAGAAGUAAAGUUGCUCAUGAUGAUGAUGAAGAUGAUCGUCGAGAUGAUAUGAAUAACAAGUUCGGUGGAUUGUCUUUGAGAGAGUCAGUUCGUGAGAAUGUACAGGCAAAAGAUGUGAAACAGCAUUCGCCUCCCGGAAUAGCGCAGAAGAAAGAUAGUGGAUACACUUCUUCUCGAACAUCGUUAGAGCCGUCUGAAUGUGAUGAGCGAUCCUCAGAUCAUCAUCAUCACCCUCAUUUCUCUUUAGAUAACUCUCCUCCAGGUCAUAAAGUCACAUUGAUAUCUCAACACAUAGAAGAUGGUUAUGGAAGAAAGAACAUUGACAAUAUGUCUGUCACUUCUUCUCUAUCAACCCUCUCUGGUUGUUCGGCUGAUUCUUCUUCCAACAAUAAAACUUUCCGUCCAAUCCUGCCACCAGUUGACUACGACGAUCCAGAUUCCGGAACUGGAGAUUCAGAUGGUGAAUUCAGAAAUGCGGACCAUUGUUCAUUUGAGCGGAAGGACGUAAUAAGCUGGAGUUGUGGUGAAGUAUUAGCUUGGUUGGAUGCCAUUGGUUUAUCUGAGUAUAGGGAUGCAUUCCGAUCCCGUCAUAUAUCAGGAUGUGCUUUAUCCAAAUUUGAUCGAACGGCAUUUACACAACUAGGUGUAACCCGUAUAGCUCACCGUCAAAAAAUGGAAACAUCAAUCCGAAAUUACUUGAACAAUAAUAAUAAUUAA